ACGCUUCUGCCACCAGAUGUCUCGUAAUUUAACACACGCUAUAGGCACCAACGAUUUGUUUAUUUCGAAUACGCCAAUUGACGCCAUUUGUCACUAUUGAAAAUUGAUGUUGUGAUGAUUUUUCUGAAGGACAUCAUUUGUUUCCAGCUGUGUCACCUAUCCAAGUCCCGUUCCAGCUCAGCAGGGAUGCCAAAGAUUUAUUACAUUCCAUCAUUCCCCUGAGUCGCUGUCUAAUAAUGUAACUUUUGAUGGCAUCGUCAUUUUUCGACAAAGCUCCAAAGAAGAAGGUUCAUUAUGUGUGUUCGUUGACUCAAUGUUCAGUGGUAGUGAAAGAUAUACCAGUAUCGGAAUGGGCUCAUCAGGAAUUAGGUAGUGGCUAAUGAUUGAAAAUAUGUGCCAGAUCCCGCAAGUGUGAUCAGAAGAUCUUGUAAUCGCCAUCCAUUAACCCUCUUUUUAAUAAUAUUUAGAACACAUGUUGCGAUUGAAUAUGCCGAUUUUCAACACAUUUGAAACGGAAGUUUUCGAACAUUCAAGAAAUAUAUCAAACUGCGUAAUUCAAGAAGUUCUCUUAAACCGGUGUCAGGAAUUUCAAUCCCAAGGAUCGCAUUGGCAUCUGUCUUUUCAAGUCCAUUCCUUGCCUUCUCGACGGUCCACUUCGUUAAGAGCAAUCAGUUCUUCCGAUAUUUAGUGCUCUUCGGGAUUUUGAUCAAUUCCCAUGGCAAUCGUUAAAAAAUGAUGCCCUUGAUUGCCACUUUUAGCACUUAGGGUGAUCAGUCCCCCUGGCCCACUCACUUCAAUUAAUUUAGAACACAUUUCAAGUGAACGAUGAAUUCUACUUUGGCAGUUUCAAUUGUAUUCUGAUGGGUGGAUUUGAUCGUCUGUCGAAUGAAGCAAAAAAGAGAAUUCUCACAAAGAUCUGCGAGUCUAAUCUGAUCUCAGAUAUUCUAUCUUGGCUUAUUUUCAAGGACAUUCUUCCCGGAACGUGACGUUAGGGACUUGGGUUAAAGGUUAAAGCCUGUUGACGAGAGUAAAGGUUGAUGUUUUUAUGAUUGUAGCCGAGUAAUCGCCUCUGCGAGUUCUCUCAUCAUUAUCGUCAUCUUCUUUCUCGUAGAGUUGGUUUGCUGGACAUCAUUUCAGGAUUGCGGUCAAAAGAACUUGAGACGAAGUCGACUUACGAGCGUGCGCUUCCUUCAAAGCAGAAGCACAACUAUGGUUGGAGGGAAAAUAAAACAAGAUUACCGAAAGAUCCUAACCGACCGAGUCCUCCGCGGCCAUUGACCAUCCAACAAUCAACGUCGAGCCAUGAAACGUGGAUUCCAGGUGCUAAAAACAUAAAAGACAGAUAUCCAAACUUGUCUGUUAAUCAAUUUCAAGUGCCUGGUUAGCCGCAAUUCUCGUCAUGCACUCGAAUGCGAGAAACGUCCCGGACAUUGAACGGGCUAAAUCCUUUGUCGUGAAAAAGACAUCCACCACGUCUCACUCGGACUUUCCCAAGUCCAUGUUUGACUUAGGACGAAGCAGUAGUUUCGUGAUCGCCAGACAAAAUCCCACCAUGGACUUUUCCUCGCCAAAGGCUUCACCUUCAAAUGUCGACUCCGUGAACUCUAAAGCGACCAAUGUGGAGGACGUCAUUCGACAACUGCAGAAAGUCAACAGUCAGAAACCCAAAUUCAAGAUGAAAGAGGAGACGAAGCUGUUCCUCAAACUCCACACCAUCCACCAGAAGGCCAUCUUUAUCGAUGGCCUUCUCAAAGAACUCCAAAGUCUAACUGAUUCCUGCCGUGAAGUAUCCAGCGACUGCAACGACAACAUCAGCGAGGAGUUCAGUGUGACUGAAAAGGCUUUCGUGAAAACCGUUCUUGACAUUGAGACGGAGGUCCGGAUUCUCAAGAGAUUGGUUCUCUUCCUGUGUCGACACAAGUGCUUAGAAAAGCAUCUUGGUGUUCUGAACACCAUUCCUGAUCAGAUGAAAUCCAGUUACGAUAUCAGUGUCCAAUUCUUUGGGAUCGAUUGGCCUCACAUCUUCUUCAUAUCCAAUAACCUCAUCCAACUCAUUUCGGACCUCGUGGAACUACUCAAGGAAGGUCAAAAAAGUGGAAGUGGCUCAGGAGGACUGGACGUGGACGUGGUGAUUCCUAGCAAUAUCCUCUGUAAUCUGGCCACGAUCGAGGCUGAGAUUUCUUGGCACGCCGAGGCCGUUCUGCGAGGCCGUUUGUCGCCCAGCCAACAAGAGAGCAUUUCCUUGGAGCAAAACCGUCAUCAAGCCCUCAAAUUGGAAUUGGACAAGCAAGUGGAGGCGGCCUCGUCGGGCUCAGACGAGAUUGGAACCAAAAUGAAGCCCUCUGUUUGGGGCACACUCAAGAGCCUUCAUUUCGUGGGAUGGAGGCGAUCCCGUCGGAAGAAUCAACGCAGCAGUGAUGAUUUGUGGAAGAUGUGGUACCAUGGAGUCCAGUCAAUGACCACAUUUUCGUUGUCCACGCUUGGGACACCCACCCAGUCAGAUAUUGAGCGAUCCGAGGGUCCGAGUGCUCGAGUUUUGAGCCGUUCAUUGACUAAAAUUCAAAGUAUCGAGAUGCCAGACUUGGGAUUUAGUGGCGACGACUCACACUACAAUCCGAAGCAAAUAGGUGUUAGCGUCACUCAGGCCUCUUUGGGUAGGGUUUUCUCGGAUGAGGGGAUCAAUGAUGCCGAGGAAUCCCCACCCCCCUCCAAACAGGAACAGAAAGAUAUUUUAGGCGUUUACUCAAACCAUUGGGAAAGUGUCACGCCCACUUUGCGCGACAAUCGGAAGCGGGUGAACCGAAUGGUUCAGGACGAUACUCUCGAAUCUCUCCAAUUGGCUGACCUGGUUGAUGCACCCAAACAAAGGUUUGAUGAGAGUGAGCUUUGACUUCUAACUGUGAUGAUAAAAUACCCAUGACCUGAGAACUACAAUCUAAACACAACUGACACUUGCAUUCUAGAAUUGAGUGUAGCAUUCAUAUCAUAUACAUAUAUAAAUAUACAAGAUAAAUAAAUGGCCUUGGGUACGAUUUA